GCGCACUUCGUGUUCGUCCCGCUUAUGGCCCAGGGGCACAUCAUCCCCGCCGUCGACACCGCGCUGCUGCUUGCCACUCAAGGCGCGCUCUGCACCAUUGUCGCCACGCCGUCCACGGCGGCGCGGGUGCGACCCACCGUCGAAUCCGCCCGGCGGUCCGGCCUGCCAGUCAGCCUGGUGACCUUCCCGCUCGACUACGCCGCGGUCGGCCUGCCCGACGGGCUUCGAGGCGGAGCGGACAACUUGGACAACGUCCCCCUGGAGUACAUGCUGGCCUACUUCUCCGCCGUCGCGCUCCUCCGGGAGCCGAUCGAGACCCACCUCCGCGACCACGCGCCCCGGCCACCAACGUGCAUCGUGUCUGACUUCUGCCACCCAUGGACUGUGGAGCUCGCCGCCAACCUCGGGGUCCCGCGGCUCACCUUCUUCAGCAUGUGCGCCUUCUGCAUCCUGUGCCAGCACAACGUCGAGAGGUUCAACGCCUACGACGGCGUGCUCGACUACAACCAGCCGGUCGUCGUGCCGGGACUGGAGAAGAGGUUCGAGGUGACGAGAGCGCAGGCCCCAGGCUUCUUCCGGGGUUGGCCCGCCUGGGAGAAGUUCGCCGACGACGUAGAGCGCGCGCGGGCAGAGGCCGACGGCGUCAUCAUGAACACCUUCGUGGAGAUGGAGCCCGAGUACGUGGCCGGCUACGCGGCCGCGAGGGGGAUGAAGGUGUGGACCGUGGGUCCGGUCUCUCUCUACCACCAACACGCCGCAACGCUAGCGGCGAGAGGGAACACGGCGGCCAUCGGCGCCGACGACUGCGUCCGGUGGCUCGACGACAGGGAGCCGGGCUCCGUGGUCUACGUGAGCUUCGGCAGCAUCGCGUACGCGGACCCGAAGCAGAUAUCGGAGCUCGGCCUGGGGCUGGAGGCGUCGGGUUACCCUUUCAUCUGGGUGGUCAAGGACGCCGGCCGCCACGACGAGGCAUCGAUCGCCUUCCUCCGCGGGCUCGAGGAGCGCGUCGCGGGGCGUGGCCUGCUCAUCUGGGGGUGGGCGCCGCAGGCGCUGAUCCUGUCGCACCGCGCGGCGGGCGCGUUCGUGACGCACUGCGGGUGGAACUCGACGCUGGAGGCGGUCGCGGCGGGGCUGCCGGUGGUGACAUGGCCACACUUCACAGACCAGUUCCUGAACGAGAAGCUGGCGGUGGAGGUGCUGGGGAUCGGCGUCAGCGUCGGGGUGAAGGAGCCGGUGAUGUACCGGAUGGAUCAGAAGGAUGUCGUGGUUGGGAGGGAGACGGUGGAGGCCGCGGUGAGGAGCGCCAUGGACGGUGGGGAGGAUGGUGAGGAGAGGCGGUGCAAGGCCCGUGCGCUCGCGGUGAAAGCGAGGGCGGCAAUGCGGGAAGGGGGCUCGUCGCACGCCAACAUCCGCGAUCUGGCCAAGUUUUUUCAGGUGGGCGCGACACAAGGUACCGCCCAGUGA